AUGCACUGCUCGCAACUCUCUCUUCUUCUUGCCCUCCCCUGCCCUUGUCGCCCUGCCAGCUGUCUGCUCUGUCGCAAGCUAACCACCAUGUUGGCAAAUGAAAAGGAUGCGUUUCAAGCAGCAGGCGUGACUCUCAUCAUCAUUGGCCCGGGCUCCAUCCAACAUGCACAGCAGUUUGUUGAUCAAACCAACUUCCCAGGAGAGGUGUAUGCGGACCGCCAGCGCGCGUCGUACGAGGCGCUGCAGUUUGUCUCGGGCCUCUCCACCGUCUUCUCCCCCACCGCAGCGCUGAGUGUGGCGAAGGCGCGCAUGGAGGGCUUCCAGCAGGACUGGGGGCUGUCACUGCAGCGCGACACCGUGCUCACGGCGGCGUGGCAGCAGGGGGGCGUCAUAGUGGCGGGGCCGGGCAUUGACAAUCUGCUCUUCCUCCACAUGGACAAGGAGGCUGGUGAUGAGCCGGAUGUGCGCGACAUCAUUGCUGCUGCUCGCCAACCCCUGCCGUGA